AUGUUUAAAAAUAAUUUUUCCAUCGCUUUUUCUCAGUGGUGGAAAGAAGUGACAGGUUACUUUUACCCUGAGGUAAAAACUGUUGGCGUGUCCACAGCUGUUGGCUUCACGUCUGCGUUAUUUCUGGUCAUUUCCUACUUAAUGCUCACCUGCAGCAGGUUUCAGCUCAGAGAUGCUGCAGCUUUUGUGCUCUACUCCCUGAUUGGAGACCUGUGUCACCUUGCUGGAGCUUUUCUCUCUAACCAGACAUUUAUUCAGCGUAUCAUGGCUUUGAUAAUGACAACGUUGGAUGUUGUGCAUUUCAUUUCAGUCACUUGGCGUCUUUGUUGGUCGUACCAUUCCACCACGGGAAGGAGAGCGAGAAUGUUAAGCAGAAGAAAGAGGCAAAACUUUUUCAUGGUCUGUCUGCUGUUUGGAAUGGGAGGAUAUGUUUACGCUGAUGUACAUGUACGAUAUGCCCAAGGUGUCGCUUCCGGCUCUCCGACCAGCAGGAAGCUGCUGAAUGUCAUACAUGACAAGACUGAACUGCUUGGUUACGUGCUUGGUCUUGUGUCUUUUGCCAUUAGCUGGACCUGCAGGAUUCCCAUCUUGAUGAACGCUAACAAAGGAGAGAUGAGUAAUUCAACACAUGUUUCCUCAAGAGGUUGUAGUGCUUUGGCUGGAGCUCUUUAUGCUUCUGCCAUCCUGCUGUACGACCCACGGCUGGAGUUUGUUGUUAAAGCGCUGCCGUGGAUUCUGUCAGGAGCAUGCUGCGCAGUUCUGGAUGUCUUUAUUGUGCUCCUCUCAUGUUAUAGAAUCUGCUAUAAGAGGCAAUCCAUUGGGACGCUGGAUUCAGAUACAGAGUCUCUUUUGGGUCGAUUCCACAAGGUUGCGUCUGGUCUGUAUCACACUCCCAAAGAAAAAACUGCCAGGAAGCAUAGUUCAUCCAGGAAGUGCAGCUCAUCAAAAAUGCCUGAGCUAGGGUCUUAUAGAAACACUAACGUUCAGCCUAUUCGAAAGGUGUGUCUGAAGGAGGUUACCAUCACUCAGGAGGACUCAGCAGAGAGUCAACCCCUGAAGGGAUCUGUGAAGGUGGUCAGGGUCGAUGAGUGUUAUUCCUCAGGCAGUGUUACAGAUUCGUCUUGCCUCAGCUCUGAGCUAGAGUGGGAUUUUGAGGAGACCCCACCACCGUGGAGUUCACAUAAUGGAGACAGGCAAAAGACGGACGUGUUCCCUCUACAAGAAUGGACGGUAGCCCAGAGGUCAAAGUCUAACAUGAGAUCAAGCUCCAGUGCCUGUUUCUGUAACAGGGCUGAUCUGGAAGAGAAGAUGGCUUCUGAAUCACCCGACACUAACUUUCAGAGCCUUUCUGAUUCUGCGAAAUGAUUCUGGAUUCACAGCAGAUGACCUACUGAUUCCAUGUUGCGGUUUUUCAGUACAU